AUGCCGCUUCCGUCUCGCCUCCAAGUCCGCCACGAGGGCUUAUCCAUCGUCAUCUUAGGCGCGACUGGAGAUUUAGCCUCGAAGAAACUCUUCCCGUCUUUGUUCAACCUCCACUCCGCGGGUUUUUUACCAACCAGGACUAAAAUAUUCGCCUCUUUGCGAAGGAAAAGCAAAACUGAAAUCGAGUUCAAAACGGAAUUGACGGAACACAUCAACCGGGUUUGGAAACCGCCGGAUGGGUCGAACGCGACGAAACCGACCAAAGGUUUGAUGGAGGAGUUCUUAGAGGACGUGGAGGUGUGUUAUUUGGACGAGGAGUUUCUUUCAGAGGAAGAAGAAAAGAAUAAAAAGAAGACGACCGUAGUAAAUGGUCGAGGCGAUGGAGGAGGAGAAGAAGAAGACGAAGAAGAAGAGGACGAGGAAUCGGAUUCGGAAUCCGGUCUUCAUGGUAGUAAAGAAGGGAGCGAAGAAACGAUGAGACAAAAUUAUCGAUCCAUUCAUUCGAUAACGAAGCACAUUGAAUCGUGGGAGAAAGAAAACGAAGACGCGCCGGCAUCGAAUCGAAUGUGGUAUUGCUGUUUACAUUCGGAUUUUAUCGUCGACUGCGCGAACCAAAUCCACUACUUCACGAGGACGAGGAAGGUGCAUUUCACGGACCACACGCAAGCGGAGAUGAAGAUGAAGAAGAAAGGAUGGACGAGGUUAGUUCUGGAAAAGCCGUUCGGUAGAGAUCGAAAGACGUGCGAAAAGCUGAACGUGAAGUUGAGCAAACGAUGGCCCGAGAGCGAUUUGUUCCGCAUGGAUAGGUAUUUAGGUAAAGAAGUGAUUGAGAACUUGUUGGUGAUGAGGUUUGCGAAUCGAUUGUUAUCGCCGAUUUGGAAUCGAGAUAACGUGGCGAACGUACAGAUUAUAUUCAAAGAACCGUACGGCGCGGAAGAUCAACAAAGAGGGGAUUAUUUCGAUAAGAAUGGGAUCGUUAGAGAUGUCAUGCAAAACCAUUUGUUGCAAAUUUUAGCCGUGCUGGCGAUGGACGCGCCGGUAUCGUUAGAUCCGGAAGAUAUAAGAGACGCGAAGUUGAAAGUUUUGAGACAAGUGGCGAUGAGUAAUGAUAAAUUUGACGUGUUGAAAAACACCGUCGUCGCGCAAUACUCGAAGUCGAAAAACGGGAAGCAUUUGGGCUACAUGGAGGAACGCCCGGAAAAUUCGAAAACCACGCCGACGUUUAUCAUGGCGGUGUUGAAAUUAGCCAACGAUCGAUGGGAUGGGGUGCCAUUUAUUUUUAAAGCCGGGAAAGGGAUGAACGAAAAGAGGUCGGAAAUUAGAGUGCAGUUGAAGGAAUCCCCCGGGGAUGUUUUCGGGAGAGACGACGACGAAUCUCGAUUACACGCGGCCGGGCCGAACGAGUUUGUUUUGCGCAUGCAACCGAAAGAGGAGAUGUACAUGAAAGUGACGAUUAAAGAACCCGGGUUAGGAGUCAAACCUACGGCUUCGGAAAUGGAAUUGAGUUCGAGAUGGAAAAUGGAACAGGCGAGGAAAGAUGCGUGCGGGGAAGCUCCUCGACGCGCCUACGAUCGAUUGAUAUUGGACGUCAUCAACGGGAACCAAUCGCAUUUCGUGAGGAACGAUGAACUCGAAGCCGCGUGGGCGGUGUGCGAUCCGUUGGUUUCCGCGAUUGAGAGCGGGUAUUUGCCGAUGACUACGUAUUCAUACGGUAGUCGAGGACCGAAAGAGGCAGACGAAUUGAGAACGAGGGCUGGGCAUUUACCGUCGCAUUUGGUCGAGAAGGAUUCGGUGCCGCUGUUGAACGCGGAAUACGAUACGUUGCCGGGCGAGGAGGACGGCAUGACGGAAUCUUUAGCGAGUAAAUUAUCGAACGCGGUGUACGUUUCUGAACCCGUCGUGAAAAAGAAUAAGCCAGUGAAUGAAGGCUACGCGUUGAGUCCGAGAGGAUACCGAUCCGGCGACGUGAGUCCUCAACAACAAAGGUCGCCGAGACAUAGUCAAAUGAAUGCGCGUCCCUCGACGCAAUGGAUUUAA